GCUAAAUGUUCGACUUAUUACUCUGGAAGCCGAUUAAAACGCAGCUUAUGAUGCGCAAAUCGUUGACUGAUUACUGUUAUGUAGCCGGCUUCCUUGCCAGCGCCGUCGGAGGUGUUCAGUUUAUGGUUAUCCUCCAAGAAGGAGUUAUACUAUGAUGGGUUUUGAAUUUAUAUUAUGGAAAUACUGUUUUCUGUUAUAUUAAACUUAUUUCUUAUAAUACUUUGGAAAAUAAUAUUUGUAUCCGGUGUCGCUCCCAUUAACGAAACGGUGCCUUUCCAGAAUGUUAAUCUAAGCAAUACACUUAAUGUGGAAAUUAUCUCAGUCGGCAAUUACUAUCCUACGUCGAUUUCCAGCAAUCCCUAUGCUGGACCGGGUUUAGAUUUGGGUAUUGUCCAUCUGAGGGAUAUGUUUGCUAAGUCAUCGCCAGUGGUCAACUUUAAGCACACAUACGUUUAUGACCGGAAGUAUCGGUUUUGUGGCGACAUCACUGACAAUGUUGAUCGGAUGACUGCCGAAUAUUAUUACAACAGGCAGUUUCUGCCCAACAUUACCGCAUUCAUUGCACCGGGAUGCACGGAAAGAAUAAAUCUCAGUAAACUAAUUCGAGGGUGGAAUUCCUUGAUGAUGGUUGGAGGAAAUGGUGAAAUAAUUUUUCGAAAUAAAGCCCUUUUUCCCAAUGUGAUUCUUGCCGGGGAAAAUGCCAUAAAAAGUUACACAACGUAUUUUGCUGCAUUGCUGCGGAAAUUCAACUGGUCAACCGUGUACAUAAUCUCCGAUCAGUCGGCCAAACCGUUUCACGCUUUACUUGCACCAAAUUUACACGCUUCACUCAAAGAACAAAAGGAUUUUCGACUAACGUUUAGCCGGACAGGAGGACCCGAUCUGCCAACAUUUGAUUCGGUUUUGGCGGACAUACGCCAGUCUAGUCGAAUUGUAGUAUUUCUGGGAUACGCUGCAGUACUGCGCACAUUUAUGCUCAAAGCUCAAAAAGCCGGAAUGACUGAUGGUGAUUACGUUUAUUUUGCAUUGGAGCCUUUUAAACAUUCUGAUUAUGGAAACUUGACAUGGAAAUAUAAUGAUAAAGAUGAUGAGGAUGCACGCAGAUCCUUUCAGUCGUUGCUCAUUGUGACAUCUGCAAAUAACUAUCUGGCUGAAGAUCGCCUAAUAUUUUACAACCAACUGAAGGAUCUUUCGUAUUCGAGAUAUAAUUUUACCUACGCCGUCAACGAAGUUCCGAAUCCUUUUGUCACCGCAAGUACCGAAAGCAUGAUUAUGUUUGGGACUGUGUUGCAAGAAAUGAUUGCCGAAUAUCCCUUACCAAAAUUGUCCGACGGUAGUGCGAUGGCGAAACGUUUCUGGAAUCGAACCUUCACACUGUCCGAUCCAUAUUCCGUUACGAUCGCCUUUGACGAUGUCGGUGAACGUAAACAGCUUCUGGUAACGCAACAAUUUAUUGAUAAUUUCACCGAUCGGACGAACGUUGCCGUGUAUAAUGAGACCAGUGGGAAUGUCGAUAUUUUAACUAAUAUUCGCUGGCCGAUCGCAUGGCCGCCCCCCAAUGAGCCCUUUUGCGGAUACCUCGGCCUUGACGUUCGCUGUCGCAGUGCCGGUACGACAUCCUUUGUGCUGACCAGUGCGAUAUCCGUAAUUGCUUGCAUGAUGAUUAUUAUUUUGGUGACCGUGGGAAUUUUAAGAUAUCUUCGUCCAUUUUCCCAAGAUUUAUACCGUUGGCUGCUUCUGGAUGCCGAUGUGCAGUUGGCGUACACUAAAACGGCGUGUUCGCAUAUGGCCACGUAUCAUGGUGAUUCCGUGUGGGCCACCUGGACCGGUGUGGAAAUCCGGCCAGCGCUCACUGUCGAUGCCCUUAAAGUUGCGCAUAACGAUUUAUUCGCAACGUUUGCCGAUAUUGACCAUCGUAACAUAAAUUGCUUUAUUGGCGUCUAUCUGGAAAACAACCGCGAUGUGUGGUUUCUCAGUACGUGGAAUCGACGUGGAUCUCUGGAUCGGCUGCUGAGCAAUGUGGAUUCCCCCAUUGCCGACUGGGAUUUCAAGGUGUGCUUGGUAUCCGAUCUGCUAGAGGGCUUAUGUUAUAUUCAUCAAAGUCCUGCAAAAUAUCACGGUUCGCUCAGCGCACAUCAGUGUCUUCUGGACCCUCAUUUUACCCUGGUCAUUGGUUCACUGGGAUAUGACAGAAUGAUAACCGCUUUGACGGAAAACCCGGUGCAAGAAAAAGGUCGAACCCGGUCCAUACUUGGCAAAUUGUUCAGUUGGACACACGCAGUCAAAUCAUCUACCAUUGUAAUUUGGCAACAAAACGACAUCAAAGCCUUUAAGGAUAUCGUUUUUCAAAUAUGUUUCCCUAUACGACUAGUCCAAGACAAAGCGCUAGAUCAGCAGUUGUCCCGAAAAGCAGCGCAAAUGUAUAAAUUCCAGGAGAUCUUGGUGGAUACGCCGACACCCUCCCUAAAUUUAGAAGAUAUACGGACAAAAUUUAGGCAGUUAUUUGGAAAACGAAACAAGAAUGUUGUGGAAAAUUUACUAGCCAAGACCACUUCCUAUGCGGAGACGCUGGAAGAAAUUGUGGGCAGUCGGACGUUGCAACUGAAGAGCGAAAGGCAAAAAGCCGAUGACCUUUUGUCGGAAAUCCUCCCAAGAACGAUUGUCAAUGCUCUAAGAAAUAAGCAAGACGUGCGUCCCGAAGACUUUGACUCGGUUACCUUUGCCUUUUCUGACUUGCCUGGGUUUGUCACGUGGUCGUCUCAAGCCGCAGCAGCAUCUGUGAUUGAAUUAUUGAGCAGAGUGUACGUGACCUUUGACGAAGAAACUGCUCGAUUUGAUGUGUACAAAGUGGAAACAGUUGGUGAUACUUACGUGGUUGCCAGUGGCCUUCCAAUACGAAACGGUGACCAGCAUGCGCUGGAGAUUUGUCAAAUGGCGAAGUGUUUUUUAAGCCGUUCGAAAGCUCUGGAUCUUGAGAGAGACAACAUGCGUUUACGAGUAGGCAUACAUUCUGGAGCAUGUGCUGCUGGUGUUAUUGGGAACAUUCUGCCACGAUACUGCGUAUUCGGAGAUGUGGUAAAUACGGCUUCCCGGAUGGAAACAACCGGUGAACCUGGAAAAAUUCAUGCCAGUAGCAAUACCGCAAAACUGAUACCGCUUGGACAAGGCAUUAUUAAGAUCCCUCGGGGAAUUAUCGAUGUCAAGGGAAAGGGCCAAAUGCAGACGUACUGGAUAGCUUGAGAAGAUGUUGCUUGCGAUCCGUUCUUAUUAAUACAUGUUUUAUUAAGAGUAACAUUUCCGAGUAGCAACAGUUUACAAGACUCAUCUGCACUUCCUUGUAAAUUAACUAUUAAAAUAGUAAAACUGUCAUCUGCAAGAUAGCGCAACGAACUGAACAAAAAAUUCACUAGAAAAUAACAAACACAAGAACCAGAAACUGCAAUACUUUAGACAAUCAACCAAAUAAUCCAGAUCUAUUCUUCUUCUUCCUCAUGAUCGGCGUUGCCGUUCUGCAGCGCCACAUCAAUUCCAUUAACCGUAAUCAUCUGUCCGCUUUCACCAGACUCGUCUUCGUCCUCCUCUUCUU